UUAUUUCUACUUUACUGAACUCACGGCUUUUCUAUACACGCACUAUACACAUACAUAUGCCAUGCUGUCUAGGACAUAGUAUUUACACUACAGUCAAGAAAUCUAGUUCGUCUCACUUUAUCGAGUUUGCGGUCUUACUCUUGUCGUGUAUCCGUUCACCUGGCGCAGCAUUUGAAACACGCGGCAUAUUUGCGAAUGAUGUUCAAUACACAUUGAGAUAUGUUUCGAACGUAUGUGUUUGUAGGAAAUGUUUUGACAAGUUGAGCACGAUUAGGCCUAGCUAAUUAUUAUAUCGCCCUGAAUGUAAUGUGAAAAAAUGAAGAAUAUUAGAAAAUAAUUGGAUGUUGGUUUUACCUAACAAAUAUUCAUAUAAUGAUUAAGACGACGUAGUUCUGUUAUUUUUGAUCGCCUGUUUAUGUUAAGCCUUUGCACUCGAAACCAUUUUAUAACUCCAAAAGCAAGAUAUUUCUUUUGACCUACAAUAACUAUGGAUGAAAAAGAAUAUAAAGAACAUAAACGAAAAAUUCGCGAAGCCGUGGCUGCAGUCGAUACUAAAGCCCCAAAGCUCGAUAUAUCUUAUUAUUAUAAAAAGCGUAACUUAACUCUUGACGCGAAUCGAGUAAGAGAAAUAGAUAAGGAAAACAUGGAGUUGUUGAAAAGGAUGAGCGUGAUUAGUCGUACUGGAGGAAAAGUAGACUGUUGGAUGCAUCAAACUAAGUAUGUAACUCAAUUAGAAGAUCAAGAAUCGAAAAAUAAAAUGAUUAUGAAAGUGAAUAAAACGUUACUGAAAAUUAUUACUGAAGCUAGUAGUGUCUACCCUACUGGAGAAUUUAUACAAAGUUGGAAAGCAAUGAGAGGAAAAAUGAUGCAUAGUAGAAGAUUCGCUCAAAAGUAUCAGGCUCAAACUACAGUGUCUCAAGUAAAUGAAGAUCAUUGCAUGAUUAAAGAUUUAUCAUUAAUGAAAGAAUUAAACCCAUCCAUUCGAACCAAAUGUUUUUUUGAAAUUGAAAUUCAAAAUGAUAGACAAAAAUUAGGAAACAUAAAAUUUGAGCUUUAUGAUGACGUUGUCCCACAAACAUGUGCAAAUUUCUCUGAAUUAUGUCGUGGAACAAAAGAUGGGCUAUCAUACAAAAAUACACCAUUCCACCGUAUAGUGUCAGGUUAUUGGUGUCAAGGUGGUGAUGUAACAAAAUUCAAUGGAAUUGGAGGAGUUUCUGCUUUUGAUACUGUAUUUGAAAAUGAAAAUUUCAAUUUACGUCAUGCAGGCCCAGGAAUAUUAUCUAUGUGUAAUAAUAAUGAAAAUAAAAAUGAUUCUAAAUUCAAUCUCACCUUUAGAUGCUUAGAAACAAUGAAUGGAAAGUGUGUAGUAUUUGGAAAAGUUAUUUCUGGGUUAUCAAAUAUAUAUAAAAUUGAUGAAUUUGGUACAAAGACUGGAAAACCAACUAAAACAAUAAUUAUAUCUAAAUGUGGUAUUAUAUCAAGAAAACAUUACUCGUAACCUGGUCUGGAAUUAACUUCUCUAGCAUCAGAAUUAAGCUCUGUACCACAUGCUGUACAAUUGAAAUGAUAAGGAUGAUACAGCUCUCCACGGAAACGUAAAGGCUUGUCAUCAAUUACACCACUAAAAAUUCAAUAUUAAAUGUAUUUUAAAUGAAAUGAAAAUUACAUUGUAUGAAGGACAAUAAAAAUACAUACUGGCACUGAUGACAAAUAUAUUUUCCA